GAUCCGUAUGUAUAAUAUGUUGUUUCUGAAUCUAGUGGCCCCUGCUCUGGGAGAGCUAGCAGGGCUUGCCAGGGUCCUGGCUCUGGUUCCUGCUUCUGUCCCUAUCACUGGCUGCUGUCUGAAGUUCUUCCUUCUUUAUAGUACUGUCUUAUGGCUGGAAGGCAGCCUGAAGGACUGGGAGCCAUUCUCUCUUCUAGCAAGCCGACCAGUUAAAUAUGCCAGCAUGUGUCUCUUCACUCCCAGUCACACACCAGGGCCCUGAGAGGUUAAGAAACUUACUGUCUUAGCUUCUGUUGGCAAAACUGAGAGAGAACCCACUAAAUUCGGCUGUUCUUGAUGACCUAGUCCUGGCGCCCUGGGAGUCCCUCCCACCCCAACCAAACCAGACCCUUCCUAAGACAGCACUUGUGCUGGCUGCUCAGGGAGGAGGAGCCCGGCCAUGGUCUUCAGAGUUGAGGCACAGGCCCCAGGGAAGCCAGGCAGCCUGGCCGAGAGCAGGCUGAUUCAGUGGUGGUAAAGUGGGAACUGUGAGUCUGAUCGGGUGACUGAUGUGUGGACAGCACAGGAGGAAUUUUGUAGUCAGUGUUUCAGUAAUGAACAGGCUGUGCUUUUAGUGGGUUGCCGCUCAGUGCUUGGGAGUAAGGCCCCUGGCUGUCUCCUCUCCCAUGCUCAAUUGGCUUGAAGCAGGUCUGUGCCUGAAAGGGCUUGGGUUAGAAGGUACAGAUCCACACUAGGGCCCAGUGCCCCAGCAGUCCCUGGGUACCGUGUCAUACUUGGGCCAGGACAGGGUGACUCCCAGUUCCUUUGGAGAUGUGCAGGAGAACUGGGUCCUGCUGCAUUGUGACCAGUGAUAUGAGCCAAGGCCUUGGUGGGGGACAAAGCAGCCCCCUCCAUUGUGUUCCCUCCGAGAUCAUCUCUGUGUGCCCUCAAAACACACACCAGGGCCUGCAGAGGCAGUCGGGGUUCCCCAGUCAGAGUUGCCACACAGUAUAGCCUUCUUGAAGUGAGCAGGGAUUUUGACUCCAUGGCAGCUGUCAGAUCCAGGAGUUUGGUAGGCACAGGUGUUACCUGCAAUUGCAGUAGGCCCUAGGACUCAACUUGGUGGAGGCUCUUGGGCAGCAGUGUUUUCUGUGCCCUUGACCUGGUGGCCAGACACUUAGCUGAAUUUGCAUAGACAGACCACCUUGUGCAGUGCUCACAGCAGCUCUGUGCCUGCUGCUCAGGCUCAGUGAGCACUGGUGGCCUAGCCUGCAGGGGAUGCCCUCCCUGAGAAAGGGUGCACCCUGCCAGCCAGAGACCUGGGAGAGGCUCGUAGGUGGCUGACUCUGCUUGCUCAUUCUGAAAAUGAAAGGCUAGAGUAGAAACGUCACUGGUUCCUUCAGUUUUGAGAACUUGAGACUCUGGCUUCUGCAGUUUUACAAGCCAGACAAGUCCAAACUUGGGACUUUCCUGCAGCUGCCAUGAGAAGCGCUGCCCUGGAGUGGGAGCUGGAGAGACCAGGAGGAGUCUCCAGGCCGAGCUGGGCUGAGUGUCCCACCAGCAGGUUGAAGACGGAUGCAUGAAGGUCCCAGGGACUGCCUUGCCGACACUUCCCCAGGACAAGACACAGUGUGAGGGCCGGCAGCCCAGAAUAGGCCCCAGGAUUCCGUGGGUGUGUACCGAAGGAUGAUGACUCCUGCCAGCGAUGGCACCUCCCAGGGCAUUUUUGACCUGGACUACGCAUCCUGGAAGAUCCGCUGCACGCUGGUGGUCGCAGGCUUUGUCUUCUACCUGGGUGUCUUUGUAGUCUGCCACCAGCUCUCAUCUUCUCUGAAUGCCACCUACUGUUCCCUAGUGGCCAGAGAGAAGGUCUUCUGGGACCUGGCGGCCACACGUGCUGUCUUUGGGGUCCAGAGCACAUUUGCGGGGCUGUGGGCAUUGCUGGGGGACCCUGUGCUUCAAGCUGACAAAGCACUUGGCCAGCAGAACUGGUGCUGGUUCCAUGUCACCACAGCCACUGGAUUCUUCUUCUUUGAGAAUGUGGCCGUGUACCUGUCCAGCCUGUUCUUCCGGACUUUUGACCUCUUCUUGGUUGUCCACCACCUCUUUGCCUUUUUGGGAUUUCUCGGCUUGGUGGUCAACCUCAGAGCUGGCCACUACCUAGCCAUGACCACACUGCUCCUGGAAAUGAGCACCCCAUUUACCUGCAUCUCCUGGAUGCUCCUGAAGGCUGGCUGGUCUGCGACGCUCCUUUGGAAGGCCAACCAGUGGCUGAUGAUCCACAUGUUCCACUGCCGCAUGGUCCUCACCUACCACAUGUGGUGGGUGUGCUUCUGGUACUGGGACGGCCUGGUCAGCAGCCUCUAUCUGCCUCACUUAGCUCUGUUCCUCGUCGGGCUGGCCCUGCUCACGCUGGUCAUGAAUCCAUACUGGACCCACAAGAAGACCCAGCAGCUUCUCAAUCCCGUAGAUUGGAACUUCGCACAGCCAGAAAUGAAGAACAGCCAUCCAGACAGGACCAGUGGCCAUGUGCUGCAGAAGAAGAGGCCAUAGUGGCCGUGGCCAGGCAGGCUGUGGUGCCUGGUGGCAGGGAAACACAGAUUCUGCAAAGCUCCAGGAGAGUGACUUGGGAAGGCGAAGCAGUGUGCGUCUGGGUUCAGCUCUAAGCCAGAUACUUUCUCUUCGGUAGUAUUCAUGGCAAAGGAGCCACAAAGUGUUAAUAAGAUCUUGAUCUACCCUUAGGAGCGGGUCUUUGUCAGCCCGAUCUCCUGUCUGCCCUGGCCUGUUCCUGUGGGCCUGGCCUCAGUGAACCGUAUUUGACCCCUAGGAAAGGAGUCCAGUGGUGGCAGCAGGCAUGCAGGCUGCUGAGGAGGGUGGAGGUAGUUGGAAUACUUGAAGUGACUUCAUACAGAAGUGCUGUGGCGGUGUGGUUGGGUCUGCUCUGACCCUUCCUAGUCACACACUCACACGGUCUCAUUCAGAAGUCAUUCCUUCUUAGUUGGAAGGAAUUGGCUUAAGGAAAUAAUGUGAUUUGUUAGCCCUCAUUAAAUCCCUGGGCAUGGAAUGUUAAAACCAGGUUGCCCCCGUGCCCUUUAGUGUCAGGGGCCAUAAAGGUGUCGUCAUGGGGCCCCAGCCCUCCAGCAGAGAGCCCUGGAUUUCACCCUCCAUGACCCGGGUGGCUGGGCAGUUGAUUCAAAAUCCUGUAAAUCAGAGACCUGUUUUGAAAUGAGGAUUUUAAAGUUGAAAUUGUAUUUCUUGUUGACAGAAUAAUAUUUAGCUGAUUAGAUUUGUCUAGAGUUGAGAGACAUUUUGAAUUACAAUGCUGUAAAUGCCCAGAGUAGACCUGGAUUUCCCAACUAGUGCUUCUCUGCUGAUUCCAAGGCAAGGCGGUGAGGAGUGCUUCCCUGUGAGCCCAGCACCCCUGGCAGCAACUGCCUGAGGAGGGUCCCAAGCACACUGUCCCCUGGCCAGGGUGAUACACCAACCUGGCAGUGUUGUGAGCAGAUAGUGUUACUUGCCAUGGUGUACAGUUAGCAUUCAGAUUUAUUUUCAUCAGUCGCACCUUUGAAGACGUGUUUGCUGAAAAUGUGUUUGUUACCUCUGAAAAUCAUGUAUCAUGUGGCUUGUGUCACAGGACUCUCCAGGUGGCACAUUUGAUGACCAGCACUUCCUUACUCACUUUACAUGUUCGAGACGUGUAACACUUACUUAUCUGAAGCUAAGAAGUUAUAUGCAUUGUUCCUGCUGAGAUGGUUAACCAAAAACCUGGUCACCCCAGUGGCUGCUCUUGCGCCUUCCCCUUGGGAGCCUGCGGUACCUGGAGGCUUUCCACUGCCCGGAUGUUUAAUAA